AUGAUAACUUCGACGAUACAUAAUCCAGUUCGCACUUCAGUGGAUUCAAAGCCGGGUAAGAACGGUGCAAAACAUUUUGAAAAUAAACCACGUCGAAAAUCUACAUCAGAUGUUGGAACGCAAACAAAUCUUAAACCAACGAUAGAAGAAUCGUCGACGAUAUGUGAUAAAGAAGGAUGUUUAGCAGCAUGUAAAUCUUUUUUUCAACGGUGUAAACGAUUAUUGAAUAUUCUCGUAUAUCUUCGAUUUGCUUUGGUGUUAACUUUGUACACCCUGAUUUUCGUGGAUGUUAUUCAUUUAAUUGCAAAAAUUCCUAAAGAUUUUUGGGUCGAAUGCCUAUUACAGGUUAUAAAUGCCGGGUUUACUAUUUUCACAUUAUUCUCACAUCCAAAAAGAAUUGCCAAUUUUGUGAGAGCAAUUAAGAUAUAUAAAGCAAGCCGAAAGUGGCAUCGACAACUUGGUGAUGAAUACCCCCUUGAUAUUAAACGGGCGCAAAAACGUGUGAAUAAAGAUUAUGAAUGGUAUAUAUUUGAAGGAGAUAAAGCAUUUAUUUGUCCACCGGGAAAACUGUUGAUAAUUCUCACCUUCUGGAAUAUAGGUAGUUUAGCACAAUAUGGUAUUUGCGUGAAUAGUAAUUUGAAUAAUCAUGAUUAUUAUUGGAAUCAUUUCCUAAUAGCCGUCCUAUGGUCCACACAACAAUAUAGACCUAUAGUAAUAUAUCUAAUAUUGGAUAUCGUUGCUUUGGUAUGUGAAAUUGUACCAAUCCCUUUAGUGGUCGUACAAUCAAAACGUGCGAGGUUGGCACAACGUUUUGCAUCCUUUGAACCUGGUCAACGACGAUUAUUAAGUCCUAGGUACCGUAGAUCUAUAGCUUUAUAG